AUGAGGCAGAUGAAUAUAUUUAUAAAAUCUAGAGGUAUUAAGCUUUUUUUAGGUACUAAUAGAGAUGUAAAUUUAAUUAGUUUACUAUACGAAAAGAAAAAAGAACAGCUACACAUGUUUGAUUUAGUAGAAUGUGCAUACUAUUUAGAUAAUAUAGAAGCAUUGGAGUAUUUCCUAUCAAUGAAUGUACCAACAUUUUUACCAAACUACACAAAUAAUAAUAAAAGUUUUUCAAUAUCAUCAAUUAAAUCAUUAGAAUUACUAUUAAAAUAUCGAGUAAAUAUCAUAGAACCUUAUAAUAUCAAUAUCAAUAAUAACAAUAACAAUAAUAACACAACAUCAGCUUCAGCUUCAUCAUCACCAUCAUCAUUCAGUUUAAACAAUAGUAAUAAUAAUAAUUAUACAACAGUAACAUUAGCAUUCAGUUUAAAAAAUAGUAAUAGUAACUAUAAUUUAAAUAGUAGUAUUAGUGAAUAUAGCAAUCUAAAUAAUAACAGUACCAGUUUAGCCCGAAGCGCAAGUUGUAGUAGUAUAAGCAGUUGUAAUAGUAAUGAUAGCAAUAUGAGUAGCGGUAGUAGCGGUUGCAACAAUAAAAACAGUAAUAGCUUUUUAAUUAAUAAUGGUAAUAUAACACUUCCACCACCAUCAUUAUAUAGAAAUUUAAAUAAAGAGAAAUUUAAUUAA